AUGUCUUUCGUUCCAUCUGAAGUUCGCCUGGAUCAUCGAUUUUUGGAGUGGGACAAACAGUGGAUAUUCCAGAGAUUGCCAAAGGUAGAACUAUCAAAAAAUUGACUUACUGAUUUUUGUUGUUGCAGGACGAGGUUAUUAUUCCACGAGAUCUUGAGCCGGAUAUCGAAGCAGAUUCCAUUCCAGGAAACGUUCGACACGAUAAUCAAAACGACAAUCAGAACACUUGGCAAGAAACAGGAAUCGAUCAGAUUCAAAUGGGCCCAAUCUCUGAACAAAAUAACAUUCCACAAGCAUAA